AUGGAUAAUUAUAUAAAUAAUAUUAAUUACCAAAAGUAAAUAGUAGAGCAUAAUUUGUCUACAAACUUACUUCAUUCGUUGAAUAAUAGUGAGCAAUAGAAUUCAUAUGAUACAGAAUCAAAUGCUAUGCUUUUUCAAUAUUAAGAAGAUAUUUUAAAAAUUGAAUAUGCUUAAAGUUAAUUUAAUAUAACAAAGUUUGAAUUCAGAUUAAAUUAUGAAAAAUAUGAAAUUGGGCAAAUCUAGUUAUUUAGCAAUAAUAAAGAGAUAAAAUAGAACUAAUUUCAACAAGAAGAUUUUAAGUUUAAAUUCAAAAACCGCACUUUAAUCAUUGGAAUUAUGGAAAAUGAUCUAAUAUAUGAUGUAUAUUUAGGCAAUUGCACCUUUCCUAACAUUUCAUUAUAUAGGCUUACAGAAACCUAAUAAUCAAGUAAAAUUUCCUUUGUUUAAAAAUCAACAAGAAUUGAAUAUUAGCAGAUCGAAAUUCAUCCAUCUAUUUAGAAUAUGUUAAUUACAUUAUCUAUGCAAUCAACUGGGCAAUAAUUUUCAAUAUACUAAUUACAAGAUAGCUCAAUUUUGAAUCUGUUCUCUCUUAAAUCAGAGAACAUUAUUCUUUGUGAGGCAAUCAAUUUCAACAUUGAUUAUUUUAACCAUAGCAAUAUAUAUUUUACAAACAUUUUUGGCCAUCUCUUUUAAAUUAACUUUACCGAAAUACUUGAAUCAAAAUAAAGAUAGGACUCUGCAAUUAUUAAUUAAUAAUAUCUAUAUAAGAAACUUCAUAUUUUUCAUUAUAAAAAUCUAUAGUUCCAAGUGUACACUUAAACAAUUAAUGAAAAAAAGGGUGGAGAUUGUAUAUAUUUUUAAAAGUUGCCAACAAAUGAAGAUAUUUUUUUAUUUUUUUUUUAAACACAAGAAGUGAUAGAAUUAGUGUUAAUUAGAUUCAAUUUAAGCAAAACUAUUACUUUAUUCAAUAAAUAAAUAACAGCUAUUUAGGAAUUAGAUGAGAAACUGUAAAAAUGCAAAGAGAAAUCCUAAAUUAGUGAUCUUGAUGUUUAUACAUUACAGCAUUAAAAAAGUCUACAAAGAUAGUUGAUUGUUCCAAUCUAAAAAUACCUUCAAAAUCAAAUAGAGAUUGACUAUUUGUAUUUCUAUUGCAAAUAAAUUCUAAUACAAAUUAAAAUAACUGAGGAGAUCAGCGUUAGGACAAUGUCUUUUGAUGAUAAAGAUGUUGAUUUAGACUCGGUAGUAUUUUCUAUCAAUCAAGCUAUUCCUUUGGACUUUUGCUAUUUUCAUUUUCUUAUCUUGAAGAUUAAUAUUGAAGAUUAUAGUAAAUCUGAUUUCUCUAAUAAAUAAAGCCAAUAUAUUUUAUUUAAAUAUUAGACUCUAGAGGAACCCUUGCUUUAUGAAAGAACUAUGGAGAAUAGAUAUCAAUAUGAUACAUAUAAGAAGAACAAAAGGAUAGUUUAAUAUUUAAGGGAGAUGAUAGAGAAAUAUAAAUAAGAGAUUGCUUAAAUAAAAAGUGUUGAAAAGUUGAAUGCCAUCGAAGGAGAAAUCUACACAUAAGUUUCUAAGGAAUUACUACCAAUAGAGGAAGUGCUUGGUGGAAAAAGGGUUAUAGGAAGUAAGAAAAAAACUAAUGAACUUAUCUUUCAAAUAUAUCAAAACAAUAAUGAAAUUAUUCGAAUAUUAAAUAAAUUUGAUUUUUAGGCUAAUGUAAGAAAAUUUGAAUUGAGUUAAAUUAAAAUAACUCUAUUGUUUGAUUAGUAUUAGAUUCAGUAGAAUUAAUAUAAAAAAAUAAAAGAACAAAAUGAAUAAAGAAAAAACAGAGAUGAAGCCAAUUUGAGGAAAUAAAUUAUAAACAAAAUAUUAUCUUUACAAUACUAAUAAAAUUAAGAUAGUUUUAAUUGA